AUGUCCUCUUAUUACAACUACUACGAGAAUGACAAUCCCUGGGAUGAAACAAUCGCUUUAGACUAUAGAUGGUUCACACGCUCUUUCGAAAAAAUCUUUUUCGCUACCUUUGCCUUCGACUGCCUCACCUUCCUCGCAUUGAGUUCCUUUCUCGCCUGGGCAUGUACUAUCCGGCCCUCGAGCCAGCCUCUCAAGGGUGUUAUAACCGUACUUGUGCUGUGGAUAUGCGCCCAACUCCUGAGCCUAAUCUAUGAAAUCCUGGAGCUAGCAUCCGCAGUCGUGAAGCAGUACUAUGUAAUCGACUUCAUGCUACUGGAGUUCUUCUCCGUGGUCUCCAGCUGUGUACUCUUCCUGGUCUUCUACCAAACGAUCCACCUGCUCCUGGACCGCCUCACCGAUUCCGGCAAGCCAUAUGCGCCUUUACGAAUUAUUCACUGGGUCCUACUUGGUCUGGUUACCGUCUUAUCCCUCGCCGAAUUCGCCGUCUACGUCGCGGUCGAGUACAAAAGUGUCGAGGGGACGAUCGCAUACAAGAUCAUCGACAGCUGGCGCAAGCUUUACAGCGCCCGCUGUAUCAUAUACUUCGUCAUGGCAUUUGAGAUCUUCGUUUGGACCAUCUUCGUGACUGUGAAGGCUGGUACUCACCGUUUCACUUCACGGAUGCCUCUCUUCUCCCUUAUCGCUGCUAGUCUGUGUUGGUUCGGGUACAACUUGAUGUGGGGCAUCGUUGCUAUCCGAUUCUACCUUACCAUUACUGUGGCCUCUGGUCCAGACUAUCUCAGCAUCAUCGAGUCGGUUUUCACGUUUGUGUUUGUUGUUGGAAUUUUCACUGGCUUGCUUCUUUGUCUUAUGAACUGGUUCAAGCUUGGUGGAGAUCAUGAUAAACCUCCGACUUCAGCGCAGCAUCCUUAUGAUAACUCCCAGAUGUUCCAGACAUGGCAGCCUCACCAACAACAGCAGCAGCAACCACAGCUCGUGCAGCACCAUCAGUCUUAG